ACACACAACACACAAUCCAAAAGCGCUUCCUUCACCGAUCGAUGGACUGGGCGUACUCCGGCAGCGGCUACGGCUACUACUCCUCGUCGGGGACGCCGUCUCCCCCGGCGGGCGGCGACGGGGGCGAGAACGCGUACAUGACGGUGUCGUCGGCGCCGCCCAAGCGGCGCGCGGGGCGGACCAAGUUCAAGGAGACGAGGCACCCGGUGUACAAGGGCGUGCGCAGCCGGAACCCCGGGCGGUGGGUCUGCGAGGUGCGGGAGCCCCACGGCAGGCAGCGCAUCUGGCUCGGCACCUUCGAGACCGCCGAGAUGGCGGCGCGCGCGCACGACGUCGCCGCCCUGGCGCUGCGCGGGAGGGCCGCCUGCCUCAACUUCGCGGACUCGCCGCGCAGGCUCCGCGUGCCGCCGCAGGGCGCGGGGCACGAGGAGAUACGCCGCGCCGCGGUGGAGGCGGCCGAGCUGUUCCGCCCGCAGCCCGGGCAGCACAAUGCCGGCGGCUCCGAGGCGGUGGCGAUCGCGGCGCCCGACGCCCAGGGCAGCGGGGGGCUCUGCGGCGACUUCGCUUACUACCCGGUGGACGACGGCCUGGAGUUCGAGAUGCAGGGGUACCUUGACAUGACGCAGGGGAUGCUCAUCGACCCGCCGGCAGCGAACGCGGGGCAGUCGGCGUGGAUCGAGGACGACUACGACUGCGAGGUCAGCCUGUGGAGCUACUGAUCGCGCGUGUUUGGACCGAGCCGGCUUUGGCGCGAACGACCCUUGUACAGUUUAUGGUGUGCUAAUGUGUACUGUUUCCCUGCCGUUCUGACGAAAUGCGAUGCGAUCAGAAGGAGCAGAGGAGUUUGCUUUAGCUUUCCGGAUGCUGCUUCUGCACGUGGCACUGGAGUUAGCAUGGCCAAGGUAGCCUUGGCGCCAGAUAAUUGACACUUGGUGCGGCCGCCCUUUAUUUCAAGUGUAAGAUCACCUGGUGUAAUAAACAGCAGAGUCUGCGGAAUGUUUGAUCCUGCAGGUAGGAGCCGCAGGGAUCUUAAUGAAGUUGCCGUGUGAUUGCCCGAAGAAUUUUAGUGGAAUUUACUUGGAACUA